AUGUUCCCCUGGACUCUCCGCGGGCGCUACCAGCACGGCGUCCCCGGCUGCAGCGGGAGCCCGCUGAGGGGACCGAGCUCCCCAUCCAGCGCGAGGGUCUGGGGACCACUGGGACCCGCGAGAUCGCGGCUUCCGGGCCCCAGCGCGCAGGCGGGUGCGGGCUGUGCGGCCGGCUGCCUAGCUUCCUGCGGCGGGCCUCGGACAGGGACGCGCACGGUCGGGGCCCGGGAGGCUUGUGAGCUGCAUCUCAAUGGCCGGCCGGCUCGUAGAGCAAAUCAGGCGGGGGUCUGGGCAGCGGGCGCGGGCCGGGAGACUGGCGGCGCGCGAAGGCAGCGGGGCCGCGCUCCAGCGUUCUGCAAUCUGUUGCGUCUGCUCCCCAGGCUCGCCUUGGGCUCUGGGCUCCGGAAAGGGGUGACGGAGGGAGGAAUCCGGGGUGGGGAGGGGCUGCCAAAGAAGUUCCCAGAGGCCUCUUCUGACCAUUCUGGAUCUCUGUGCUCUCUGUCCACAGCCGCCAGCCGCUCUCAUCCCGCCAGCCCCAGUCCCCCGGGACCUCAGGCUAGCCCUGUACUACCGGUCAGCUACCGCCUGUCUCACACCCGGCUGGCCUUCUUCCUGAAGGAAGCGCGGCCGCCGACGGCCGCGGCGAUCAACGGCUCCCUGCAGCGCUCGGAGCCCUUCGUGGUGUUCCAAACCAAGGAGCUGCCGGUCCUCAACGUGUCCUUGGGGCCCUUCAGCACCAGCCAGGUGGUGGCACGGGAGCUUCUGCAGCCGUCCAGCACCCUGGACAUCCCCGAGCGCUUGACGGUCAACUGGAAGGUGCGCGCCUUCAUCGUGCGCGCCCGCGUGCCCGCCUCGCAGCCCGUAGCACAGGUGCUUUUCUAUGUGGCCGGUCGCGACUGGGACGACUUCGGGGUCACAGAGCGGUUGCCCUGUGUCCGCCUGCACGCUUUCCGAGAUGCACGCGAGGUGCGGAGCUCAUGUCGCCUGGGCGGGGCUUUGGCCACCUGCUUGGUGCGCGCGGAGCUGCCCCUGGCCUGGUUCGGACCCCCGGCCCCGGCCGCGCCUCCCAGCGCCCGCCGCAAGUCCCCCGACGGACUGGAGCCGGAGGCGGCAGCCGAGAGCCAGCAGGUUGAGCUCUACUACACGCUGCACGCCCCCGAUGCGGCGGGCGGCUGCGGGAGCGCGCGCCGCGGCCCCGGGCCCGGAGCGGCCGCGCGCGCCGAAAGCCCCACGCAGCACCCGCUGCUGCGAAUCGGCAGCAUCAGUCUGUUCCGGCCGCCGCCGCGCAGGGCCGUUCAGGAGCACAGGCUAGACAGCAACCUGAUGAUCCGUCUGCCGGACCGGCCACUCAGGCCUGGAGAAGUACUCAGCAUUCUCCUCUACCUGGCACCCAACUCCUCCUCAGCUACCAGCCCCAGCGUGGAGCACUUCACACUUAGGGUGAAAGCCAAGAAGGGUGUGACCCUCUUAGGCACCAAGUCACGAAGUGGCCAGUGGCAUGUGACUUCAGAGCUGCUAACUGGGGCAAAGCAUUCAACAGCCACUGUGGAUGUGGCCUGGGCCCAGGGCACGCCCCUACCCCCUUGGGAGGGUCAGGGACCCCUAGAGAUCCUGCAGCUGGACUUUGAGAUGGAGAACUUCACCAGCCAGUCCGUGAAGCGGAGGAUCAUGUGGCACAUCGAUUACCGAGGCCACGGUGCCCUGCCUGACCUGGAGCGGGCCGUCACUGAGCUGACGGUCAUCCAAAGGGAUGUACAAGCCAUCCUGCCCCUAGCCAUGGACACAGAGAUCAUCAACACUGCCAUCCUGACCGGGAGGACUGUAGCCAUUCCUGUCAAGGUCAUUGCUAUUGAGGUGACUGGAGUUGUCCUGGAUGUUUCUGACGUAGUGGAGUGCCAGUCUCACAGUGAGGACAUCAUCAAGGUGUCCAGCAGCUGUGACUAUGUGUUUGUAAGCGGGAAGGAGUCUCGAGGGUCCAUGAACGCCAGAGUCACCUUUCGCUAUGAUGUCCUCAGUGCCUCCCUGGAAAUGACAGUCUGGGUCCCCAAACUACCUCUGCACAUCGAGCUCUCCGAUGCUCGCCUCAGCCAAGUGAAGGGAUGGAGGGUGCCUAUCCUUCCCGACAGAAGGUCAGCUCGAGAGAGCGAAGAUGAGGAGGAAGAGGAAGAGGAACGAAGACAGAGUGCCAACCGAGGCUGUACUCUGCAAUACCAGCAUGCCACCCUGCAGGUCUUCACACAGUUUCACACGACAUCCUCUGAGGGCACCGACCAGGUGGUCACCAUGUUGGGCCCGGACUGGCUGGUAGAGGUCACUGACCUGGUUAGUGACUUCAUGCGGGUGGGUGACCCCCGAGUGGCCCACCUGGUGGACAGCAACACUCUGGCAGGACUGGAGCCAGGCACCACACCCUUCAAGGUGGUAUCCCCCCUGACCGAGGCUGUGCUGGGGGAGACAUUGCUGACAGUGACAGAGGAGAAAGUCAGUAUCACACAGCUGCAGGCCCAAGUGGUGGCCAGUCUCACCUUGUCCCUGCGACCCAGCCCUGGGAGCAGCCACACCAUCCUGGCUACCACAGCUGUGCAGCCCACCCUCAGCUUUGUCAAGCAGGAAGCCCUGCUGAGCCUGUGGCUCUCCUACAGUGACGGAACCACAGCCCCACUCUCUCUGUACAGUUCCCGGGACUACGGGCUUUUGGUGAGCAGCCUGGAUGAGCGGGUGGCCACUGUGACCCAGGACAAGGCUUUCCCAGUGGUGGUGGCCGAAGCAGAGGGGGCAGGAAAUCUGCUCCGUGCGGAGCUCACCAUCUCAGAGAGCUGCCAGAAAACCAAGCGCAAGAGUGUGCUGGCUACUACUCCUGUGGGCCUGCGGGUACACUUUGGGCGGGACGAGGAGGAUCCCACAUAUGAUUAUCCAGGGCCCAGCCAACCGGGGCCUGGUGGGGGCGAGGACGAAGCCCGAGGAGCUGGCCCACCCGGCACUGCUAUUCCCGCUGGUGAGGUCCCUGGAUUGGGCACUGCCGGACCUGUGCCACCCACAGAGGACUUCUUGCCGCUGCCCACCGGCUUCUUGCAGAUGCCUCGGGGGCUGACGGAUCUAGAGAUUGGUAUGUACGCCCUGCUGGGGGUCUUCUGCCUUGCCAUCCUUGUCUUCCUUAUCAACUGCAUCGUGUUCGUGCUGCGAUAUCGGCACAAGCGCAUCCCUCCUGAGGGCCAGACCAGUAUGGACCAUUCUCACCACUGGGUGUUCCUGGGCAACGGGCAGCCACUGCGGGUGCAAGGUGAGCUGUCACCGCCUGCAGGGAGCGCGCUGGAAACCGUGCCUGCCUGCUGCCACGGUGAUCACCACAGCAGCGGCAGUUCGCAGACCAGCGUCCAGAGUCAAGUACACGGCCGUGGGGACGGCUCCUCUGGGGGCUCGGCCAGGGACCAGACGGAGGACCCUGCUAGCUCACCCACUUCUAAGCGGAAGAGGGUCAAGUUCACGACCUUUACCACUCUACCCUCGGAGGAGCUGGCUUAUGACUCAGUGCCUGCUGGCGAAGAGGAGGAGGACGACGAAGAGGACCUGGGUUGGGGUUGUCCAGAUGUGGCCGGAACCACACGGCCCACUCCGCCCCCGGAUCUGCACAAUUACAUGCGCAGAAUCAAAGACAUUGCAUAGUGGUGACUUAGGGGUGGGGGUAGGAUAUCCCCACACAUGUGGUGGCCUCUGGCUGGGACUCAGCCUGUACCCACCCAGCUCACAGGGACUCUGGGCAGCUGAAUGGAUUUUAUAGUCCCUGCCACUGCAGCUUUGGUCUGGCCAGUUGUGGCCAGAUCCACUUUGACCUUCUGCCCCUUGCAGGUGGAAGGCACCAUCUAAACCCAGCGUGAAGCAGGGAGACAGUUCAGCCCUGUUCACCCUUUCCAAACCUCAUUCCAUCUUAGACAUCCCCACUGCCCAGAGAUUGUGUCGCCAUGGCCAAACUUGGGGCCAGGUGGGCCUACACUGUGCCCUGCUAUGCCUCCCAUGUUCCCUAAUGGUGCCCCCUGUGCAGGGGACCCUGGUGGGGUCUUGUGUCACAGGCUGCACAAAGACUUUUCUUAAACCAAUAUUCAGGGAUUUCCGUCCUGCAGGGUGGGAAGUGGUGGCUGCCCGCCUUGCCAAGGGUCUUGCUGCAGACAGAACAUUGGAGUGUUGGGGGACAGUUGUGGUGUCUGCUGGUUUCUAGGUGUCUCCCAAGCAUGGAGCUGACUGCAGAGGGUCCAAUGUGAAAUGGGCACUUUCCUGUGGCUUCCACUGCUCCUUAGACUUGGAGAGGGCUCAAGCAAGAGGGGCUUUCAUUUUUCUCUGGCCAAACCCCACCCACACAGCAAGCGCAGGUGAUGUACAUACAGCCUGUCCCCACAGCAAGAUCAACACUACUGCGCCUUAGCCUGGGCUCUGCUCACUCCUGCUUCCCUCUACACCACAGGGCAGGCAACCACAGCCAGCAGUCCUGAGAUGGAGGGGACCGACUGGGAGUAUUGCAAGGGCCCAUGGGGUGGGUGAAGGCAGAGGAAGCUAUUGCUCAAGCGCCUUGCCCAUUUCCCCAGCCACACUUCUUGGGUUCUACCCACCACUGUGUCAGUUUUUCAUAAAUAAAUGGAAAGCAUCGGCCUGGGUUGGGGACAACAGUUCCCCGCAGAGAGUACACA